AGGGCAGCGCGGCUCCGCCGGCGGCCGAGGAGGACGGCGAGGAUGAGGAAGAAGAGGAGGAAGAAGGGGAGAAGGAGCGAGACAAGCUGCCGCCCAUCCCGGCGGCGUGCGGUGCGGCGGCCGGGGUAGGUCGGGGCCCGGCGGGGCGGGGCGGGUCGGGGUCGCUCGGCUCCGCGGGGCGCCGUGAGCGGCUCCUUCCGUGCUCUGCGCCGCUGGGCGGCUUUCAGUCAAGUUUCUUAAAAAUAACGCUUGUGUCUGUCAGCGGUGACAUAACGAAGCUAGAAACGCUCCGUCGGCUUGUAGUUCUGUAACGUUUUACAGCGGUCUGCUCCCGGGUUAGUCAUGGCUGGGGCUCCGCAGCGCUGCUCGGGGAGGUUGGUGGGUGUGGGGUGUCCGCUUUUCGUGCGCUUACGGCGAGAGAACCUCCUGGAAAAUGCCUCAGUAUUUUUAACUUUUUGUUACGUGGUCUUUUCCGUUUUCUGCGUUGUGUUGAAUGAAUGACUUAACACAGGUAGGAAAAAAAACCGUGAGAGAGCUCUUUGCCGGGAUAAUUCCAUUUCGGAAACCUCCUUCGAGAUCUUCAGUCUUCUUCGAGCUGUGAGCUACUUUCUGCUGCCUGCCCAGUGUUAUGAAACAUACGUUUUUCCUGGCAUAGGUUGCUCGCUGUCUGUAGUUCCACGUGAAAGCUGCAACUUCAGUCUCACCCCGGAACGUCACCUAUCCCGUCGUAAUACAGUUAUGAGACUUAAUUGAAUGGUUCUGAGAAGUAUCUGAUUAACUAGAAAUUAUCCUUAUAUAUAAUUUGAGUCUAAGUGAUUGAGUGUCUAGUGGUUAUGACUGUCAUGAAAUAAUUGUAGUGUUAAACCAAGUGAUUGUAGGCAAACUGCAGACUCCUUUGAGAAAUUCUGCCAAUUUGUGUUUUGCCUACAAUGUUCCAAUCUUCUGAAAGGCUCUCAGCUUUGCAAAUCUGUCAGAAUUUGGGAGAAUGUGUUUGUUGUUGUGAUUCAAAUAGAGAUUUGGGAGAAGUCUGUGAUGAACAAGUACCCAGGAGUGAUCUACACCUCCGAAAACAUCAAUUUCACUCUGAAAAUGACUGGCAAAUGCCAGUCCUGUAGAAUAAAGAUGCCAGCGAUGCUCUAAAAUGUGUCAGGCUUAGCUUAGGGAAUGGGAAAUGUGUGCAGCUAGUCUGCCGUGCAGAAUUUCUGCUGCCCUAAAGAAUCAGGAAAGAAAUCUUGUUUGCAGCUGGGUGUCCUGUGUGCAUCUCUGAGCUGCUGCCUGUGGGCUGAGCUGACUGCUGCAGAGCUCAGGUCCGGCAUGCGCUGUCAGAUGCACGUGGGAUUCUGAAUUUACAGAGACGCACACAGAUUAUAAUAGCAUACUACAGAGGGAGAGUUUUUUGGGGAGAUGUAAUAGAUCUUUCUGUAGUCCUGUAUUUCUCUGUGUGCAACAGAAUGCAGUCUUUGAUCCACAUGUACCAAAUAGGGAAUAUGCUUUUGCAAGACCUUUACUAGCUGCAGAAGAGAAGAUAUUGGAUGGUUGGUGUGCUUAGCCCUUGUGCUGAUCAACCUAAGAGUCCAAUGUCAGGAUCUGGGGAGUAUGUUGUGAAGGUUGUUUGAUAUAGCAUGAUUUCAAUACAAGUUUUUGUUUUAAAUGUUCUGCUUGAACAUCAAAAAUGAGCACUUAAUCAGAUCCUCUCACGCACUUUUGAAGAUAGACGUUUUCUUCUUCCAUCUUCCUCAUUAAGCUGUAGAAAAGUUUGUAAUUUGAUAUGGUGACAGAAGGGGGAAAUUAUUGUCUUAAAAAUACUUCUUAAUUCCCUUGUUAUUUUUUUUCACUGAAAUUUAUUUCCAUUGAAAACAAAUGCCUGAUGUAAACAUGAAGAUACUCCCGAUGACGUAAAUUUUCUCAUUUUAUCUGCCUAUUAUUUCUCAGUUGACAGUCAUUGUGUGAUGACUUACCUAGUCUCUGUGUGAUGAGUGAGCCUCAGAUGUCCUUGCUCAGAACACCUCCCCAAGUUAUUUGUGUAACUGACAUUUUCUUCGACGUGUUCAGGACCCACCAUCGAUUGUGCAACCGAUAUGCCAUGACUAAAGCUUCCUAGAAAGCAGCAUGAAGGCGUGACACAUCUUUUAAACAGUUUCCGUUCUCCUCAGUAGUUGUGGGAAAGGUCAGGAUUUGAGGAAGUCAAUAGAAAACAGUAGUAUCCUUUUUCUUAAAUGAGCACAUGCGUGAAAGAUGUCACCUCUGGAGCAAGUUGUCACAUCUGACUGCAAGCUGUAAUCAAAUGUUUGUGUGAUUGCUGAUAUUGUCAUUCAUUUCUAGCUGGGGACCAUAUGAAGUUAUUGAAAGUGGAUGACCUCUGGGGGUGUUUUUCUUUUGCUUUCUAAGGAAUCUUGUGGGGAUUAAAGUACUCCAUGAAAAAAUUAAUGCGCUCCUGCAGCACACCGAAGUUUUUCUCAUGGGUUGAACAGUGCAUAAGGUUUGGAUGUCAGUUUCUGAAAAGAAAUCUGUGGAAAUUGUAAAACCUUGCCCUCUUGUAAGCAGAAGCAAGAUGAGGUUUCUGUAAGGCAAAACCAUUCCUAUGUUACACCUUUCAAGAUAUAAGAGGAAGGGAAAAUUUCAAUUCUUGAGCAGGCUGUUGCAGCUGCCUUUGGGUAAUCUAAGUGCCUUCUGCGUUUUCUUGCACAGGGAAGAAAACCUUAUGCUCUUCAUUGGCCUUUGCCUGCCUCAUGUGUAGGGUGAGUGAGCUAAGUUAGAGCUGAUGAGCAAGUUCAAGAAACUCUUUUAGAUGGUCUUUGCUAUCCCGAGGCACACUGUACCCACUCUUCCCAAACAGCUUGACUUGUUUUCACCAUCUGAUUUAAUUUCAGUGAUGAAAAACAUAAAUUUAUAAGCUAGAAGGUUAGUACCUCUCUGGCCUCAUGAAAGACUUGAAGGUUUUGAAAAAUUCCACUAAGAAGCCAACGGUGUUGUGAGUUAUUAUGUUCUUAAAAAGGAGGGUUGAAGAUCACUUUGAUCCACUUACUUCCUCUGAGCAUACUCACUCCUUGCGUGGGGGUUCGGUUGUGUGAUGGCAGUGUGUGUGCCAUGUCUCAGGCUCUAGAGGCUCAUUGACCUCCUACAGAGUUUUUAUAAAUAUGGCACAGUGCUGCAUGCUUGUCCUACAUUACUCUCCCAGGAGAUGUCAGCGAUAGUCUUUAAUGAGCACGUAGCUCCCCAGUAUUCCUCCAGGGCUUUCCAGUAAAGCUUUUAUCCAAAUUGUUUAUUUAACAUUGUUGGAACUGCACUUGGAGCAGGAUGAUGGAGCUGAAUAGCACAUGCGAGGUCUGUUUUUUUCUGAUUACUUCUUGGGAUGGUGGCAUUAAGAAAAUCCUUUUAACGUAGCUUCUCAACUGUACUAUUGCAAUGGUGGGGCUGGAGUAAAACCUAGAGAGCGGAGGGGAGGUGAUGUCAGUCAAAACGGCUGUCACAAUAGCCUGAUUCAUAAGAGCUCUGUUAUUAUUAUCUACUUAUUCCCUACUAAUCAUAUUUGGACUAAUCCGGAAUCCAGAAGGUUUUCUACCUAGCACAUACGUUUUGUGACCCAGCAGAUUAACCUCAGAUCUGGAUUUGUUUUAAAAGUCCUUUCUCAUGCAGUCACAUCUUGCUGUGCUUAUUCAGGGUCAAGGCUUUUCCAGUCACAUGCCAGGUAAGUUUUAAGAACCAUCUUAAUGAUAUUUUAAAGUUUAUAGAAUAAUAAUUUAAAAGCAGAUAAUGUGAAAAUAGUGAUAAUUACAUUUUAUGUUUGUACGUUUGUUGCAUAUGAGGAAUUUGGAGCUAGAAACUGAAAGUUCCUAUUUUUUUAAGCCAGAAAUCCUGCUGAUUGCUCAGAUUUGUAAUUUGCUGAGUUAUAAGCCAUGGAAAAAUAGCUCAUUUUGCAGUUAUUUAAAAUUCCUGGCAGUGUACCAACGUGCACACAGCACAGCAUGGCAGGUUUAUGGGUUGGAAUAUUACUCUCCUGGUGGUGGUUCAGGAUGUUGUGGUGGAAGUGAAGUACUUUCCUCAGAGCUGUGGCUGCAUGUCCUAGUCAAAAUUCAUUUCUUUAAAGAGGGCAGGGAAAUCUAUGGGUUUUUAAAAUAUAGGUGAAUUGUUCUGGAAUUUCUGUUCUACUUUGUAGAACUGCAGUUUUGAGCUGCAUGAAAAUGUUUUUUGUCACUGAGAGCGCAGAUACCACGUAGUGAUCGAAUGAAUCUUUAAGUUUAUCAGUGCAUGUUUAGGCUCUUUAAAUGAGGCUGAAAAUCAUGAUGUGCAAGAAGAUUGUGUUUGUUUUUUUUAAGUAGAUCUACUUUACUAGACAUCAGCUGAUGACUUGGAGCUGAGAUACAAAUGAAAAGUUCUACCAUGUGACUUGUUUUGGACAAGCCCUCUGCCUUCCCUGUGUGUUGCAAAUUCUUCAAAGGAUUGGAAAGAGGAGCAAAAAAUCAGUUUUCUACUUUCAGCAAUUUCAUCACAACUAUCAACCAAAAGAAAGAAGGCACCGGAAACAGAAAUUCACCCACACAACUUGUUAUACCAAGCAUCAAAAACGUGAGAGACCUACCACCUAUUUGCCUCGAUGUUAGACAAAAACAGCGCAUCUCUAUAGAUACACUGCCCCAAGAGCUCAAAGCACCGGUCCCUCCUGAACCUUCCCUUCCCAUCCGAACCAAAACUGUGAAAGACUUUCAGGAUGAUAUGGAAAAAGCAAAAUCAUCGGGAGAUUGGAAGGCUGUACAUGAUUUUUAUUCUACAACAUUUGAUUCUUUCCUGGAGAUAAAUGCUGCGUUUAAGAAAGAUGCCAAUUCUCCAUUUAAUACAACUGAGGACUCUGGAAUCAAUGCAAAGUUUGUGAAUGUUGUCUAUGAUGCCUUAUUAAAUACUCCUCAAGAUGUUCAGAAGUCAGUCCUAAAGGGAAUAAUUAAUGGCCUGCUACAAGAAUGGAAAGGACCACGGACAAAAGAUGAUCUUAGAGCAUACUGUAUACUUCUACAGAAUCCUCAAUUUAGUAACACUUCUACUUAUGUCAUCUAUGCUCACUUGCUAAGACAGAUAGCAGCCUUAACAGAAGCUGACCAUCAUUUCCUAGUGCACUGGUCUAAAAAGAUCUCACAGAGGAGAUUCAAGCAGAUAGUGGACAGGUUGCUGCAAUUUAUUUCUUUACGCCUGUUUCCUGCAAAACCUGAAGAGUUUCCACCAAUGGUGAAAUGUACCUGGUGGAUUCCAUCAGCAACCAAAGUCCUGGCUUUAUUUAAUGCUGCAAAUAGUCUGAUUAGCCCUCCUAUUAUUUCAUAUACGGAUUUCUAUAAUUCUACUCUUGAUCAUAUUGAUCUUAUGGAAGAAUAUCAUAACUGGCAAUGUUAUGGAAAUUCUCACAGGUUUUCUUUCUGUCAACACCCCUUUAUUAUCUCUAUAGCAGCAAAAAAAGUUAUUAUUCAAAGGGAUUCAGAACAACAAAUGAUAAGUAUUGCACGGCAAAGCCUUGUGGAUAAAGUCUCUCGCAGACAGAAACCUGACAUGAAUAUGUUGUUCCUAAAUGUGAAAGUGAGGAGGACACACCUCGUUAGUGAUUCACUUGAUGAGCUAACAAGGAAGAGGGCAGAUUUGAAAAAGAAAUUGAAAGUCACAUUUGUAGGAGAAGCUGGUCUUGAUAUGGGUGGCCUGACAAAAGAAUGGUUUCUUCUUCUCAUUCGCCAGAUUUUUCACCCAGACUAUGGCAUGUUCACAUACCACAAGGACUCUCACUGCCAUUGGUUCAGCAGCUUUAAGUGCGAUAACUAUUCUGAAUUCCGACUAGUUGGAGCUCUUAUGGGCCUUGCUGUCUAUAAUAGCAUCACCUUGGAUAUUCGUUUCCCACCUUGUUGUUACAAGAAAUUGUUGAGUCCUCCUAUUGUUCCCUGUGAUCAUAACACACUCGUGGGCAUCUGUGACGUCACAUUAGAUGACUUAUUUCAGAUAAUGCCUGAAUUAGCCCAUGGACUGAGUGAACUUCUGUCCUACGAAGGCAAUGUUGAAGAGGAUUUUUACUCCACUUUUCAGGUUUUUCAGGAAGAAUUUGGUGUUAUAAAAUCUUACAACCUGAAGCCAAAUGGAGAUAAAAUUCCUGUCACAAAUCAAAAUAGGAAAGAAUAUGUGCAACUUUAUGUUGAUUUUCUUCUUAACAAAUCAAUCUACAAACAAUUUGCAGCUUUCUAUUAUGGAUUUCAUAGCGUCUGUGCUUCAUAUGCAUUACUGCUGCUUCGUCCUGAAGAAGUUGAAAUUCUUGUCUGUGGUAGUCCUGAGCUGGAUAUGUCUGCUUUACAGCGAAGUACCCAAUAUGAGGGCUACCAGAAAACUGAUGUUACCAUACGAUACUUCUGGGAUGUUGUACUUGGAUUUUCUCUUGACCUUCAAAAAAAGUUACUGCACUUUGCUACAGGAAGUGAUAGAGUGCCUGUGGGAGGUAUGGCGGAUUUGAAUUUCAAGAUUUCAAAGAGUGAAGCAUCCACUAGCUGGUUGCCUGUGGCCCAUACCUGUUUCAACCAGCUUUGUCUCCCUCCUUACAAGAACAAGAAAGAGCUGAAACAAAAGUUGAUCAUUGGAAUUUCAAAUGCAGAAGGGUUUGGCCUAGAGUAAAACAAAAUACUUCAAAAACAGCAUUGUUAUGUAGCACUCACUCUCCUCUAAUUGUGCCUUUAAGCUUUCUGUUGUCUUGGUACUGUGCAAGUCUUAUCCAACAUAUGUAUUUUUUUAAUUCGGUAUUAAGUGUGUGGUUCUUUCCUUAAUGGCAAUACAUUCAUUGCUUGCUUUGUCACAGAAAGUAAUUUCAUACUAAAAACUAGCCUAUUUGAUAAAAGAAGCCUGAUGAAGAAAAUUUCUAAGUUGUAUAUUGUUUUCCUUUUUUUUCUUAAUCGCACUUUAUCUUUAGUUGUAAUUACUUUACAUCAUAUGUAUCCAUCUGGGAAAUAGUAUACAAAAUAUUUCUUCAUUAGCUAGUCCCAGUGAUGGUAUGUUUUCCAUUAACAUAAAUAGUAGAAAAGAUAUAACUUAGAGCAUGUAGCCAUAUUUUUUCAACAGCAAAUAGGAAUUUUAGUCUUUAUAAAACGUAUGCAGUUUUAAUAUUCUGGUUUCCUUCUCAGUUAAACAAGCUGUGUAAGAAGCAUGUAAAUAACUGCCUGUGAACAAAUAGAGUUUUGAUAGUGCCAUUUACUUCUAAAAAAAUAUUUUUUAUUAAUAAGAGGUUUUAGAUGUUCUAUAUCUAGCUUUUACAAAUCAACCGCAUAGACUGUACAGAGAAUGUUUUUUCCUACUUUAUAGGUAGGUAACUUUAUUCACCAUGAGGGAAUCAAGGCCAAGCUACAGGUACUAAGCAACUUCUCCAUUUCAUUCUUUGAAACUGAUGGCAACUAAUCAGAUCUACUCUAGCGUCCAUAGUAAGCAAAGCCAGAUAUUUAAAAUAAAUUCCACAUACAUUGAAAUAUUUCAGGAAAAUAACGAAAUCUGCAACACUUAGAAAAUUGAUACAUAGUCUACUGGCCAAUCAUUUUGUCAGGAACUUCUAUGAAAGUGUUAUGUAAACUAUGGCAAGAGUGAAUACAAUAACAGAAUAUUGAAGCUCUCCUUAGCUUGAAGGUCACCAUAUAAAGACAAUGUUUUGUGGUUUUCACUUCACAGCUACAUGAAAACAAUUCUUGGUGCGAGUGUUCUGAACUAGUAAAUUAGGAGCUGCAGAAGAUACUGGCUGUAAAAUGCAGGUGUACUUGUAAGUCUAGGUUUUAUUUGUUAAAUUGAAAGAAUUUAUCAACAUGUAGUAUAGAAACCUUUUUAAUGUGAAUAGCUACUGUGUGUUCUAUGGAUCUUUCUUUCAUUUGAACGAGGCCCAGAUCUUUCGAAACAUUUAGGCAUCCAAUUUGUCAGUCUUCUCAGUUGACUUCUGCUGGGAGUUGGAUGCUUAAAUAGCUUGUAGUGUCUGUGCUCAAUUAUUUAUUUGUAAUAAGAGUACAUUAUUCUUCUACAACCAACAGCGUUUCACAUGAUCAACAAAUUAAUCUUCCUAAUUUGUAGUUUCAGAGCUGUUGUGUGGAUUCUUCACCAGUUAAGUGUGAACUUUAGUCUCUUUCCUAAAGAAGUUACUGAUGAUUUUACAGUUUUAUUGAAGGAGAGAUAAAUAGUAGAGCAUUUUAUGAUAUUUGGCACUAUUCAUUGUGCUUUGCUCAAAAUUGAUACUAAAAUUUCUAUUGACUUCAGCUUGGGACAAAGCUAAGUUAGCACAGAGAAUCUUAAAAGCAGCACUUCAAACUCAUGCAUUUUACAUUGUUGCUCUCAAGUGGAGAUUUCAAAAUAAAUUUGAAUUUACGGUAUUUCACAUUAAGAAACAAAUGAACCAUUUACUGCUGCACUGAAUGGUCAGGACAGAAGUUGAAAAUUGCUCAGUGCUAAAAGCUGAACAUGGAUAUACGAGCACCCCCUCCCUUUUCCUUCUUUAUAGAACUGGGCUUACGGAAUGUUGGUUUGUGAAUAAAUAUCUAUACAGUUUAUCUGAAAACAUGGCGAAUUAGCCAAAAUAUUUUUUUAUGGCUGAAGCCCACUUUUAAUAACUAUUUAUCUAUUAUUGUUAAAAUAAAAGCUUUAUUUUAUUUUCACUGAAUUGCACCUUGCCUUGGAUUUAGUUUUAUUUAUUAAUGCUUUUUUGAUUUUACUGUGUAAUAUUACCUCAGAAUUCUGAAAAAGCUAUUGUAUUUGCAUUGGUUUUUAAAUAAGAUGGUCAUUCAGUAACAUUUUAUAUAUUUCCUGAUGUUGAUAAGUAGUAAAUUUUUGUAUUUGUUAAAUGAAAGUAUUGCACUGUAUUUAUGAAACAAGCCUCUGACCAUUUUAAAACUUUUCCUCAAUGAUGGUUUUUUUGUUCUUUUGUCUUGCCUGUAAUCCAGCAACUUUUUUUUUUUAAUUCUCCAUCAUUGUUUUGUAACAUACAAAAGAAAUCUGGUUUGUAUAAACUUGUUCAUUCCUAAGUAUCUAUUUUUAUGUAUUAAAAUUGUGCAGUCAUUAAAUCAAAUAUUUCA